CGAAUACGCAAUUCCAAUUGCUGGAUCGGACAGUAGCAACGCCGAAGACCCCGGCCGCCUGAGAGGUCUGAAUGGUGGGCUGAUCGUCUCGUGGGUCUUUUUUGUCCGAUGUGAGCUCACGAAACGAGAGCUGCCAACAACAACCGCCAUUGCCGGCGCAAAGCCACCACGAUGGCCUUCUUUCAGCUCGGUCUGCGCAGGACCGCUGCGCAUAUCUCUCGGGUGCCGGUCGUCUGCGGUCCGUGUCUACGGCAGCAGCUGCCCGCGCGCCCGGCGUCGCGAGUCCUGAAGCUCGUGAGAGCUGCGCGGCGCUAUACCUCGACCGCCGCCGAGGCCCAGACCCCGCUUGGAUCGUUAAGCAACAGCAUCGCCAAGUCUGCCAGUUCGGUUGCGCAAACGUCGGCAGCUAGAAGCUCCGGGAAGACCUCGUCAUUUCCCGAGGUUAACGACAAAGCCGUGGGCUACUGGCUUAUUGGAAGUGCCGUGAGCGUCUUCGGCAUCGUGAUCUGGGGUGGACUGACCAGAUUGACCGAGUCUGGUCUGAGCAUUACAGAAUGGAGGCCCGUCACAGGUUCACUGCCACCCAUGUCCGACGCCGACUGGCAGUCUGAAUUCGACAAGUACCGCGCUUCUCCGGAGUACAAGCUGCUCAACCCCCACAUGGACCUCGCCGAGUUCAAGAAGAUCUACUUCAUGGAGUGGGCGCACCGCUUGUGGGGCCGUGUCAUCGGCCUCUCGUUCGUGCUUCCGACGAUCUACUUCAUCGCUCGCCGUCGAGUGACCCCGCGGAUGGCUGCCAACUUGGUCGGUAUAUCUGGCCUGAUCGGUUUCCAGGGCUUUAUCGGAUGGUGGAUGGUCAAAUCUGGGCUGAAGGACGAUCUCUUUGCCCCUGGAUCUCACCCGCGUGUCAGCCAGUACCGGUUGACCGCGCAUCUUGCCACGGCCUUCGUCUGCUACGGCUGGAUGCUCUUGUCUGGUCUCGGUGUGCUCCGAACACACCGACUCCUUCGCGACCCCGAAGGUGCUGCCAAGACCUUUGCUGCGCUGAAGUCGCCCACGCUGAGGACCCUCCGGGGCUCCGUUGCUGCUUUGACCGUGCUCAUCUUCACCACCGUGCUCUCGGGCGCCCUCGUUGCGGGCCUCGACGCCGGUCUUAUCUACAACGAGUUCCCGAAGAUGGGCACCGGGUAUGCGCCGCCAAAGUCAGAGCUCUUCGACAAGUUCUAUUGCCGUAAGGAGGAUGGAUCCGACCUGUGGUGGCGCAACAUGCUAGAGAACCCCUCGCUUGUCCAGCUCGAUCAUCGUAUCCUCGCCACGACGACCUUCACCGCUGUGUGUGUUCUGUUUGCCUAUGGCCGGACUGGCAGGAUCAAAGCCGCGAUGCCUAGGAACGUGCGCAAGGGCGUCAACGGCCUGAUGCAUCUCGUUUUGCUGCAGGCUACUCUGGGUAUCACGACGCUAUGGUACAUGGUUCCGAUUUACCUUGCGGCCGCCCACCAGGCCGGCGCCCUCGCUCUGUUGACAGGGGCGUUGGUCCUUGGCCAUCGCCUGCGGGUGCCGAAGGCUACACAGGCCCUGGUGCGAAAGGCCCUGCAGAAUCCCCACAGGAUACAAGCCGAGGCGAUUGGCUCGAAGCUGGUGAAGAAGCUUACCGAGAACAAGGCCGUCUAGAUCCCGUGAGCCGAAGAGUCAUGGACAGACAGCGUCAGACCUUCCAAGUCUGUGCACGUACAACGUGGUAUGUACGGCUGUUGUACAAUUGCAUAUAGAGAUACUAUACCCCUAACGUCGUCUGGAUUGGGACGGCUUGUAAAUCUAGCUCCUUGAAAUACAAGAAACUCGACUCUAUCAGCUCGCUAAGGCGGGGAGACGACAACUAGGCUCAGGUUUGACUCGGGGAUUAGGUUGAAGUUUGCCGUUUGCCACUCAGGCUGUCGACGUUGAUACAAUAGUCGCAGGUACCGCCAAUCCCCACUUAUGAUGUCAAAGGCUGGAAUUUUCAGGCGAGCAAGAGCGCUAACGGUCCAUAUCAGGCCAUCGUCAUACUGGCUCGGUGGAUGACGGGCAGGGCUGACCAGCCUUGCAUGCAGGUUGUGGCGAGCUAAGGCCAUUGUCGUAGGAUUGUGUGCUCGCCUUGCAAAAAGCAAAGCCCGGC